AUGAACACUUAACAUGAAAAGAAGUGAUAGCAAAUAGGAGGGAGUAUUUAAUAAAAAAAAAAACCUUGAAAAAUUUAAGUGUACUGCACAUGAGUAAAUCAUCCACGAGUUGCCGUUGCCGCCGAAUUGAUCAAGCUUUUACCGCCAUUAUCCUUCAGCUCCCGCCGCAUGUAGUCACGCAGUUGCCAUUGCCGCUUACGCCGAAUCUCUUUACAAUUUGAGAAUGAACGAAAAAAGAGUGAGGUUCAAGGACUCUGAGCCUGAGCCAGAUCACCCAGAAAGCUUUAGAUUUGAUGUUGGUUCUGCACCUUGUCAAACAAGAGAAGAUCUGCCAGCGUCACCUGCAACUACAAAUAAGCCAAAAACCUCUGAGUUUGCUUUCUUUAAAAGAUUGAAGCAAGAUGUUGGCCAGAAUGCCUGUCAGAAUCCAUCAAACAGAGAAAAUGUACCUGUGAGAAAUUUUAGACGAAGCAACUCUGCUAAAGUUUUGGGUAAUUCCAAACGUAAUGAUGGAAAGUCUUCACAGUAUGUUAGAAAGUCUACAACUAAUGAAAUUGGCUCUUUUCUCUCUCGAAGAGAGGCUGCUUUGGGAGAUUCAGUAUGUAUGAUUGUGACAGCUAUGCCCAGUAGUGAACAUGAUAAUGGAAUAUUCAAUUGCCCAUCUGUUAUCCAGACACCAAUUAGUAUCAAUCUGGAUUCGUUCCAUCCCACAACGGCAAAUGUCUCUGUAAGCCAAGCAAGCCUACAAGAAGAUGGAGACGUAUUUUCAUCUAAGAGACAGAAGUUAUUACAAUUGACUGCCAAAACUCUGUUUCCAGAAGCUGAUGAAGUCCCAAGGAAGUGUAAUUUGAUCGGUUUGCUCCUAAGUCGGUUGCUCCCUGAGAGUCCUCAAGAACAUUUGUUGCAAACUCCACUAUCAAGGCAGCCAGAAACUGAACUAAAGUGUCUGUUAAAUUUUGAUUCAAAUGUUCAACUCAAGGAGACUUUUGAAACUUCUAGGAAGCUUCUGAAGGGAAACAAGGACAGCUUAGAUAAUCAUGUAUCUUUUCCCCAGUUUCACAAAUUAUGGGGGAACAAUGACACUUUUACGGCUAGAUGCUCGAACAGGAUGCUUCUCACACUCGAAUCAGAGACUGAGCAAGGGAGAUAUUUUGAUGACAUUGCUUCUGGAUGGUUGAACAGAUCUGGAGAUGUAAACCUGUUGACUUGGGAUAAUGAAGAUAAUUACUCAGCUCCAGGAAGCACUAACCCCGACAUUGUACGGAGUGAAGCAUAUGACAUUAGUCAAUCACACAAAUAUAGAGACCAGAGUUGUUCAUAUGAGUUAUUUAACCGAAUUUGUGAUUCCUCCACAGCUGCUAAGAAUAGCAAUAUAUUAUACAAAGAUGAGAUACAUGACUUCAACGAUUCUGAUAAUCUUAAUAGCUGCUAUGAUUGUUGCUCUCGCGUCCCUUUUGAAGGAUGUGGACCUUCUGCAUUGCGCACUCCUAGGAAUUACAGUGAACCUGAUUAUUUGAGUGACUCUGAGAUUCAAAGCGAACCCAGUCCUCUUCGACUUGGUUGGAAGACUAAUGAAUUGGACAUGCAUGACUCCAUGCAUAGAAGCCAUAUGGAGCUUGAAUUAUACUGUCCUCCCCCUACAAGCAUAGUGGAUCAUCAGAUUAGCUUGGAGCUUAAAUUACAUGGUCAUUCAUCUACACAGAGUGAAGAUCCUUGGAAAAGAAUGCAAAGCAGUACUUUGUCGCUUUUGUCCCCCUACUCUUAUCAAGAGCAUGAUAUUCAAGGAUAUUUUUUGCUAGAAAAGAAUCUUGUUCCGAGAUCAGCAAGUGUUCCGUAUAUGCUAUCAUAUGGUUCAGAACAUUUGAAUCCAGAUGAGUCUGGUCUUUUUAAGGAUAGAGAUAGUAGCUUGUUCCUUCUCCCUCAGAAGGAAUAUAGGUCUUUGGAAAAUAUGCUGUGUGAAAGAAACUGUUCUUCUGUAGAAUCAUUACUUAUCUCCCAAGACUUUGAAUCUGAUGAUAACAUGAAAUGCAAGCAGCUAACUGGAUAUCUAGAGGAUCAUUCUGAAAUGUGUGCUGAUAAUGUUCUUGAUCUUUUCAGACAGGGAAAUUCAAGCUCUCAGUUUUUCACUGCUAAUGCGAACGAUCUGGCUAUAUCGCCGUCAGCAUACCAGUCCUUGUUGAGUGGAGAUAUACCUGUUGGCAAGGGAGAUUCAUUUUCAUUGCUACUUCAGACGGAAAGUUGGAGGGAUACAGAAGCCCAGACUUAUGAUGAAGAGAAUAGACAUUGGAGCAACUACUUAUGACAAUAUAUCUGUGCUUUGAAUAGGUGCAUUAAUGGUGGUCAUGCAAAACAGUGGCAGUAGACCCUGGAGCUGGAGUAUAUGAUAGUCACACACAAGAGGGUGUGUUGGUUUUUCUUUGUAGUAUUUUUGUGAAGCAUCAAGUAGUGGUGUCAUGACAUGUUGGGUGUAAGAGAAUUGGAAUGUUGUGUUGUGCCUUUCAGAUUUCAAAGGGCAUUCCUAAUUGUAAUGUCUUAGAUUGCUAAUUACAAUUACCCCUAUCAAAGGCAAUGUUGACCCAAA